GGGAUUUCUUUUUCGAAUAAGGAUUAAAGCAAUUUACUAGCUACUAGCUAGCGUAAAAUUAAAGAACUUUACCUGAUGGCUCAGACCCUCUCUAAGGUCUAACUGUUAUCAGAUCCUCGUUUCUUUCUUAUCAGAUCCUUCCGCCCUUUCCCUUUCCCUCUUUCAAUUUUGACGAAAAUAGGAUAAACGGCAUUAUCCAUCCGUGAUCUGAGAGUUUUGGUUUCUCUUCAAAAAGUUAGCUUUUCUCUCUUUUUGUUGCAGUGUGCAAUUGCAACUCCACAAUCCCUUAGAGAAACAAAAAUAAUAAUCACAGGAAUCAUAGCGAAUAUGACUGCCAGUGUUUUCUCGGUACCAGUAUUCUUCGUCGUAUUUCGAGAGUCUUUGGAGACGGUCGUCAUCGUUUCCGUUCUCCUCGCAUUUAUCAAGCAAAGUUUGGGCAACUCUGAUAAAGAUGCGACUUUGCGCAGGAAGCUGUUCCGGCAGGUCAUUUGGGGAGCUUUAUCAGGACUUCUCCUAUGCUUGAUCAUCGGUGGUGGUUUGAUUGGAGCUUUCUAUGGAAUUGGUAAAGAUGCCUGGUCAACCACCGAAUACUAUUGGGAAGGAUCAUUUGCUAUUGUCGCCUCUGUUAUCAUCACUUUGAUGGGAGCUGCACUACUCCGGGUGUCAAAAAUGAAAGAAAAGUGGACAGUUAAGCUUCGCCAACACUUAGAGCCAUCAGAAGAUACAAGAAAACGAAGAUGGUAUGCUAGCUGGCUUGACUUCAAGACAUGGGGAGAGAAGCACUUCAUGUUCGUUCUUCCCUUUAUUACCGUCCUUAGAGAAGGGCUCGAGGCAGUCGUCUUUGUGGCAGGUGUUUCUUUCUCUACGCCUGCGACAAGUAUUCCACUCCCAGUCAUUAUUGGACUGAUUGCCGGAUUAGCAGCGGGAUAUGUCAUCUAUAAAGGUGGAGCGACAUCGAAACUUCAAGUCUUCUUAGUUAUAUCGACAUGUCUUUUGUAUCUUGUAGCUGCCAGUCUGUUCUCGAGAGCAGUCUGGUUCUUCCAAGCACAAGACUGGAACAAUGCUACCGGAGGCGACGCAGCAGAGACUGGAGCAGGACCAGGCUCUUAUGAUAUUAGGCAGAGUGUGUGGCAUGUCAACUUUGGUAACCCUGAAUUAAAUGGUGGUGGCGGAUGGGGAAUCUUCAAUGCCAUUCUCGGCUGGCAGAACUCUGCAACUUAUGGCUCGGUCAUUUCAUACAACCUCUACUGGCUUGUGGUCAUUGUUGGAUUCCUUGUAAUGAGAUAUAAGGAGGUGAAGGGUCAUCUCCCACUUGCUCCAACGCUAAAACCCUAUUUUGCACCCGUUACAACUGCCAAGGGAUAUGUCGCAAACAUGAAGCAACGGGCCAUUUACAAGGAUGAAAAGGUCACACCAAGCCAUGAGGUUCAAACACAUGGAAGAACCAGCAGUGAAACGUCAUCAAUGGCUAAAGAUCCCGAGAAGGCUUUAGAUACAGUAAGAGAGGUACCAGUCCGUACUAUUUCAGACUGAACGACUUAGCUGGCUGGGAUAGAGUACAAAGGCCACAAUGCAUGGAAUUUGGAUCUGAUAGCACUAGCUAAGUUCUCGGAUACACAUUCUUGAAAUGAUGAGUUCAGGAAUAGUAAUGACAUAAUGGACCAUGUUCAAAGAUGAAUGAACAUGUUAUCAUUGAAACCCUCCA